AUGCCCAGAGAGAAACAGGAAGAAGUCCGCAUAGAACAGGACCCCCUAAUUUUGACGGAAGAUCCUGAGGAGGCCCACAGAAUCAUGUCUGAAACAUAUAUCACCCCCCCAAUUGAUCAAGAAGACGAAGAAAUGGUUUUGUAUGACAGUGAAAUAGACAACUACGAUUGGGAUGAUUUGGAAGAUGAUGACGAAAAUGAAGACGAAAAUGAAGACGAAAACGGUAAAAAGGCUGCAGAGGGUAAAAAGGCUGAAGAAGGUGCGGAAGGACAAAGUGCAACGGGCUCAUCCAAUGACACCACAACAAACAACAGCGGAGACUCUAAUGUUAAAGAAGAAACCGAUAAUGUAGUAUCCGACUUCGUGACCAUUCUGAAAGAAGAUAACGGAGUCGAGGAGUCCCUCAAAGGGUUAGCAGAAGACAUGGCUCAAUACUUUUUAAACCACUUGAACGCGGAAAAUGAGAGUGCCUGA